CAAUGCUGGCUGAAUCCUCUUCCCCCAGUCCUGAGGGGCUUUGGCUGGGGCUGGGGGCACCCACGCCACCUGACGUCUGCAGGCCCUGACCACCACACCUCUGGAUCUGCUUUGCUAAGGCAUGGAGGCAGAGGACGUUUCAAGGGCUGAAGACAGAGCUGAGUAUCCAGGUUCCAAAACUGAAGGCCAGCCUGAUGUUGCUCAGCCUGACUUCCCACAUGGAAGGCAAUCUCCUGGUCCCACUGCUCUCUGGGAGAUGCUAGAAAGGAAAUUUCUGGAAUACCAGAAGUUGGCUCAUGGGAGCCCGGCUGAACAUCAGCAGAGCCUGUUGAAUCUCCUCCCACUGUUCCUGAAGGCCUGGGAAAACUCUGUGGGGAUCGUCUGCUUUCCCAGUCUCCAAAGGCUGGCAGAAGAUACUUCUAACCAUCUUGCCCGAGAGAUACAGAAGGCACUUGUGGGAAAGCCGGCAGAGCAAGCGAGGGAGGCGGCUGGGCAGUUGCUGCGGUGGAAGGGGGAUGUGGAUCAGGAUGGCUACCUGCUCCUGAAGUCAGUAUUUGUGCUCACGGGGACAAACUCGGAGACGCUGGGCAGAGUUGCUGAGUCUGGCCUUCCAGCCCUGCUCCUGCAGUGCCUUUACCUCUUCUUUGUCUUUCCUCUGGAAAAGGAUGAGCUUUUUGAGAGUGAUGUUCAAGUUCAGAGGAUGUUUGUGCAGAUGUUGCUGAACAUUUGCAGUGAGCCUCAGGGGCUGGAGAGACUUCUAUCAGGAAAUGAGCUCCAAUCUCUAGUGAUUGCCACUACCUGUCUUCGGGAACACAGCUGCUGUUUUUGGAAGGAGCCCACCUUCUGUGUGCUGAGGGCAAUCUCCAAAGCCCACAACCUCGGCAUCAUUCAGUACCUGCAGGCCAUGGACUGCAUCAAACUCUCCCUUCAGAACCUCUCCAAGCUUGCGGACAGCCUCCCCGCUCCCGAGGUGAGCGAGGCAGUGAACCUCAUCUUGGGCUUUGUGAAGGACUCCUACCCUGUCUCCUCAGCUCUGUUCCUAGAGUUUGAGAAUGGGGAGGGCUACCCUCUCCUCCUCAAAGUGUUACUUCGGUACGAUGGGCUGACGCAGAGCGAAGUGGACCCCCACCUGGAGGAGCUCCUCGACCUGGUGGUGUGGCUGACGACCUGUGGGAGGUCAGAGCUGAAGGUGUUUGACAGUGUCACGUACCCUCAGCUGGAAGGCUUCAAGUUCCAUCACGAGGCUUCUGGUGGGUCAUCUUCUGUCUCUGGGGGCCCGGCGGCAGCUGGCACUGGGCCCUGA